UAUGGCGCUGUCCAGGAGAGGAAAGAGCUCCAUGGUUCUGUCAUCGGUUCCCCUCCAGAUCCUUCUUUAUGUCAAUGUUGUGUAUUAUGUGUUUUAUUUUCUUGCUACACUACUUAUGAUCAUUUAUAAAAGUCAGGUGUUCAGUUAUCCCGACUCUAACUUGGCUUUAGACCUUGGCCUUCUAUUCCUCAUGGCAAUCAUCGAGUCUUUGCGGUUGUACAUGGGUACUAUGGGAAAUUUAACAGAAGCAGAACUUCCCUUAGGAUCCAGCCUGUUCUUCACCAUUGGCAAUGUGCUUCUGUCUGUAUAUUUCCUGGUGUGGGAGACGUACAUCCUGAGAGCAGAUCUCAUCAUAAAUGGCAUCUUGUUGAUUCUUUAUGGUCUGGAAGCAAUCCUAGAAAUUUUCACAAUUGCUACAUUUUUCCGUUAACAUUGACAGUACAUUUC